AUGGAUAAGGAAGUUAAAUUCAGAAUUCAAAAUGGAUGGAAUAAUCGGAGCAAAGUGUCAGGAGUGCCGUGCGAUAGGCGAGUUCCAAUUAGACUCAAAGGAAAGGUGCAUAAGGCCGUAGACAGACCAGCCUUAACUUACGGCCUAGAAGCAGCACCACUGAAGAAGUUAGAAGAAAAGAAGUUGGACGGAACUGAGAUGAAGAUGUUGAGAUGGAUAGUUGGAGGCACAAGGAGAGAUAGAAUAAGAAACAACUACAUCAGAGAAGAUUCAGGAAGCAAGACCAAGAUGGUUCGGCCAUUUGAGGAGAAGAGCUGGAGAAAAUCACGUAGGAGGAUAAGUCAUGGAAGUGGAAGUACAAGGAAACAGAAGAAGAGGAAGACCUAG